AUGUUAACUAUUUGUAUAUGUUUCAGAUUCUCUUCAGCAAUGAGUGUGAGCGGAGACAAGUCUGAUGAUGAAUAUUCUGUAAUUGCGGACAAGGGAGAGAUUGGAUUUGUAGAUUAUCAGAAUGAUGGAUCUGCUGGUUACUACAAUCAACUAGAGGAAGGUCCACUUGUUAUCUCUGUUCCUUUCCCUUUCAAGAACGAAAAGCCUCAAUCGAUCACUGUUGGAGAGACCUCUUAUGAUUCCUUCACUAUCAAGAACACUCUCGACGAGGCUGUGGAUUUGUGGCCCAAGAUCUGGGCAUCGAAUCCUAAGGAUUCUUUCACCCUUUCCAUCCUGAAACCGCCGUCGAAAGAUUCUGACAUAAGAGAGAUUCAGGGGUUUUAUGAGGCUUUUACUUUGGAAGACAGGAUGCUCGAACCUGGUGACACUUUGACCAUUUGGGUGUCUUGUAAGCCCAAGGACAUCGGUUUGCAUAACGCUGUCGUUACUGUUGACUAUGAAGGUGAGAGGGUUGAGAGGGUUAUCUUCCUUUUGGCUGAGGACAAGAUAUCGAGUUCUCUGACUUCUAGGCGGCCUUACUCCAGAAGCAAAAGAGCUCCGAAGAAAGAUUUUGCUGUGGAUAAUUACGUGACGGGAGCACGCCCUAUAAAGGAGGUGGAACGUAGGUUCAAAAACCGGCUUCCUCGGUAUGAAAUUCCAAAGGAGAUAAGAGAGAUGAUCGAGAGGAAGGAAGUCCCUGAUGAAUUGGACCAGGGCCUAACAGCAAAGAACUAUGCAAACUACUAUAAAACUUUACUUAUUAUGGAAGAAUUGCAACUCGAGGAAGACAUGCGAGCUUAUGAUAUGGAGAACGUUUCGAUGAGGAGAAGGGGUUUCUAUUUGUCCCUCGAAGUUCCUGGCCUUGCUGAAAAAAGACCUUCCCUUGUCCAUGGAGACUUCAUCUUUGUAAGACAUGCCUAUGAUGAUGGAACUGGCCAAGCUUAUCAGGGCUUUGUACACCGCGUUGAGGCGGAUGAAGUGCAUUUGAAGUUUGCCCCUGAGUUCCACCAACGCCACACAGCUGGGAGCGUCUAUAAUGUGAGGUUCACAUACAAUCGAAUCAACACCAGACGGUUGUAUCAAGCUGUUGAGGCGGCAGAAAAAUUAGAUCCCAACUUCCUUUUUCCAUCCUUGAACUCCGGGAAAAGGAUGAUAAAGACAAAACCCAUCGUGCCCAUCUCACCAGCACUCAAUGCGGAGCAGAUUUGUUCCAUUGAAAUGAUUCUUGGCUGCAAAGGAGCACCGCCAUAUGUGAUCCAUGGACCUCCUGGUACUGGGAAAACCAUGACAUUGGUGGAGGCGAUAGUUCAACUCUACACAACUCAGAGAAAUGCUCGGAUUCUUGUAUGUGCUCCUUCCAAUAGUGCAGCUGAUCACAUUUUAGAGAAGCUCCUUUGUCUGGAGGGAGUUUGCAUCAAGGACAGUGAGAUUUUCAGGCUGAAUGCAGCUACUCGUGCCUAUGAAGAAAUUAAUCCCGAGAUUAUCCGCUUUUGCUUCUUUGAUGAGUUGGUUUUCAAGUGCCCUCCUCUCCGUGCUCUGACUCGUUACAGACUCGUGGUGUCAACGUAUAUGAGUGCAUCCCUUCUUAACGCGGAAGGUGUGAACCGUGGUCACUUCACUCAUAUAUUCCUAGAUGAGGCUGGUCAAGCUUCAGAGCCAGAAAACAUGAUUGCUAUAUCGAAUCUCUGCUUGUCAGACACUGUGGUUGUGCUUGCUGGAGAUCCAAGGCAGUUGGGUCCGGUUAUAUACUCAAGGGAUGCUGAUUCACUCGGCUUGGGGAAAUCAUACUUGGAAAGAUUGUUUGAGUGUGAUUAUUACUGCGAAGGUGAUGAGAAUUAUGUGACAAAGCUAGUCAAGAACUACAGAUGCCACCCAGAAAUUCUUGAUCUCCCGUCAAAGCUAUUCUAUGGUGGAGAGUUGGUAGCUUCCAAAGAGGACACAGACUCUGUUCUUUCCUCGUUAAACUUCCUCCCAAACAAAGAUUUCCCAAUAGUUUUCUAUGGGAUCCAAGGAUGCGAUGAGAGGGAGGGUAACAAUCCGUCAUGGUUCAACCGUAUAGAGAUCAGCAAAGUUAUAGAGACAAUCAAGAGAUUAACAGCGAAUGACUGUGUGCUAGAAGAGGAUAUCGGAGUUAUAACUCCUUACAGGCAGCAAGUAAUGAAGAUCAAGGAGGUUCUUGAUAGAUUAGAGAUGACUGGGGUCAAAGUCGGUAGUGUGGAGCAAUUCCAAGGGCAAGAGAAACAGGUGAUCAUCAUCUCAACGGUAAGAUCUACAAUCAAACAUAAGGACUUUGAUAAAGCCUAUUGUCUGGGCUUCUUGAGCAAUCCGAGAAGGUUCAAUGUCGCAAUCACCCGUGCAAUCUCUCUGCUAGUGAUCAUCGGAAACCCACAUAUCAUAUGCCAGGACAUGAAUUGGAGCAAGCUUCUGUGGAGAUGUGUUGAUAACAGUGCUUACCAAGGGUGCGAUUUACCAGCGCGGGAAGAGUUUGUGGAGGAACCAUACAAUCAAGAAGAAGCUUGUCGUGAAUACUCUGUAGAAGAAGCGUGGAUCAAUAGUGCCGAGGUCAAGAAUGGCGGCACAAAGGAGAAAGAUGAGUGGUCUGAUGGAUGGAACGACAAUGGUGGAGCGUUUGUGGAAGAACCAUACAAUCAAGAAGAAAGCAACAAUGCUCGUGAAUACUCUGUGGAAGAAGCGUGGAUCAACAGUGCUGAGGUGAAGAAUGACGACAUAAAGGAGAAAUAUGAAUGGUCUGAUGGAUGGAACGACAAUGGUGGUGGGACUAAGGAAAAAGAUGAAUGGUCUGAUGGGUGGAAUAACAAUGGUGGUGGCACCAAGGAAAAAGAUGAAUGGUCUGAUGGUUGGAACAACAAUGGUGGUGGGACUAAGGAAAAAGAAGAAUCUUCUGAUGGUUGGAACAACAAUGGCGGGACAGAAGAAUGUUCUGAUGGUUGGAAAAAUGGCGGCGGUGGUAAAGAGAUUAAGGAUGAUGGUGAAUCUGAAACCAGAGGUGAUUUUGUAGCCAAGGAGGAAGACGAGUGGUCUGAUGGGUGGAAGUAA